AUGGGACAACGGUUUGUAGGAGGUGCACAAGAAUUUCGUGAUGUUUUAUGUAAAUAUGCAAUCCAAUGCGGGUUUCAGUUUACGUAUGUUAAAAACAAAACAACAAAGGUUACUGCGGUGUGUGCAAUGCGCGAUGAGAGAGGUUGCUUGUUGGCUAUACAUCGUAGACCACAACGAGCAAAUAGUUUUUUCUACAUCAAGAGAUUUAGUGAUGUGCAUAGUUGUGAUACGAAUGUCCGAACAUCGAAGAAUUCGAGUGUUAGUUCUGAUUUGGUGUCGAGUACUAUAUCUGAAAUUGUGAGGGGCAAGACGUUGACUCAGCCGUAUGAGGUGGUGACUAUUUUGAAGAGGGAUUAUGGGCCAGAUGUGAGUUACCACGUGGUAUGGUUGGGUGUGGAGAAAGCAAAUGCUGUUAUUUAUAGAGAUCACUCAUUAUUGUUUGACCAGUUGCAGUGGUAUUCGGAUGCUGUGAUGCGUUACAAUCUGGGGAGUUAUGUCAAUAUUGACUAUGACAUGAGUAGUCAAUAUUUUUGUCGUUUCUUUGUAUCAUUCGCUGCAUAUAUUUCUGGAUACAAUUCUUGUCGACCUUUAUUAUUCCUAGAUGGAACAUUCCUCAAAGGAAAGUACAAAGAUCAGUUACUUGAGGCAACGGCAAAAGAUGGAAACAAUGGUUUAUUUCUUGUUGCAUUUGCGAUUGUUGAUUCAAAGACCACGAUCAAUUGGUCGUGGUUCUUGCAUGAACUUGGGAAGGAUGUUGACGCUAAGUGUCAGAUUACUUUUAUUUUGGACCAUAAUCUUGGUUUGUUAGAAGCAAUGCCAAAGGUGUUCCCAUCGGCACAUCACGGUUGUUGCUUACAACACUUGAAGAACAAUAUAAUAGACCAGAUGAAGGGAAUUGAUAAUGGAUUUAGGGACCACCUGGUUAGUAGUUUGGGUGACUGUGCUUAUGAGCCAACUGUGGUUGGGUUCCAUGAAAAGAUUGAGAAAUGA